GGGAACUGCCAGAUGCAGGAAGAGGCCGUGGUGCUCAGAGUGGGCCUGUGCAACAAUGGCUUCAUGCACCAUGUGCUGGAGAUGAGCAAGUUCAAGGAUGAGUCCCCGUACUUCCACUUCCAUGCUGACGAGGAGAUGGAGGGGACCAGAAGCAAGAACAAACAGCUUUGCAGUGACUUCAAGCUUUUAGAGAAUAUCCUGGCCAAGCAGCUGCUGAUCCUGCCCCAGGAGGAAGACUAUGGCUUCAACAUUAAGAAGAAGAACAAGGCUGUGGUGAUGAAGAUAGUGCAGAGGGGCUCGUUGGCAGAGAUGACUGGCCUGCUGGAGGGUAGGAAGAUGUACUCCAACAACAAGGACCUGGUGUUGUUGUGGCCCUUCUCCAAAGUGGAGUCCCUCCUCAACAAGUGCUUCUGCUCCCACUGCCCCCUCACCACCAAGGUCAAAGAGACCAUCAAAGACCCUGACCACCCUGAGGCCCUGUGCUUCCAGAUAUGGGGAGCCAUCCCGCCCUGUGCCGUGGGGAGAGGCUCCAAGGCUGAGGCUGCAGGACUGAGUGCUGGUCAGUGCAUCCUGAGGGUCAAUUGCAGCAGCAUGGCCAGUGAAGCUGCCCUGGGGGUCCUGAAGCACUUCCAGGCAUUCCAGAGUUGCGGCCAAGAGGCACUGGGCCUCUUCCAAUAGAUCUACCACACCCAUAGGGAUGCCCAGGAGGUGUCAAUUCUAGAGGACAGUGGCACACAGAGGCAGACAGUGCUCGUGAUGGUCCACACUCCCACCGGCUCUGAGCCUUCAAGAGGUUGGCCCAGUAGUCAUCCUACAGUGGAAAACAUGGACCUGGAACCUGGGGUGAUGUGUGAGUAUGUGAGUUCCAUGGGCAUCUGGUACCACAUGCUGGAGAGGAUCAUGGAGUCCUGCAGUUGCUUUGGCCUCACUGCCAAGAUCCUAGAGGCCUUUGCUGCAGAUGACAGCGCCUUCAUGCAGAACUGCGGACUCAUGGCCAUGAGCAGUGCCAUUAUGAUCAUGUCCCACUAUGAGUUCUGCAGCAUCUUCAACACUGAGCUGGAGAGCAUUGGACAGAGGAUCACCUGCUAUUCUCAGUUUGCAACCCAGUUGAAGAGCCGGGUCAGCCCCGCCUUCAAGCAGGCUGCCCUGGAGCCCCAUGUGCUGUGCAGCCUGAACUUCUGGUCCACCAACUGCCAUGUCAACCUCAUGGAGGUGUCCAACCCCAAGAUGACCCCCUCCAUGGGCAGGUCCUUCAGCAUCCAGUUCAGGCACACACCCUCCUUCAUUGGCCUUGACCCCAAGCAAGGCCUGAACCUCAUGUCCUACACCUAGCACUGCAUCACCACCAUGGCUGCCCCAUCCUGGAAGUGCUUGCCUGUGGUGGAUGGGGACCCCCAAGGGCAGACUCUCAGUGACAGCUCUGGGCCAGCCUGUGCAUCCAUCUGCCAGGAGGAUCAGGGUCUGAGCUUCCUGCUGAAACAGGAGGACCUGCAGCUCUUCACCAAGCUGGAUGUGGCCCUCAAGGAGAUGAAGCACUUUGUCACCCAGAUUAGCAGGCUGCUGUCCACCAUUAUGGAGCCCACUCCCAAUGGGGCCUGUCACCCACUCCUGGCUGAGUAGGCCUCUUCCUCCCUGAUGGUUAGUGUGAACAGUGAGAUGGACAGGACUGACCACAGGGGCAUCAAGAAAGUGUGCUUCAAGGUGUCUGAGGAAAACCAGGAGGACUCAGGCCAUAACACCAUGAGCUACCAUGGCGCUCUAUCUGAGUGCAGCAGCAAAUGGGACUUCUUCAUGUCCUACACCAGAGUGAGAAGCAACAGCUCCUACCUGGGCAGUGACAAGAUGGGGUCUGAUGAAUGGCCACCCAGGACAGGGAGGGUCCCUGUCCAUUGGCUUAAGUUCAAACAGAAAGAUGAGUGUAUGGCCUGUGGACAGAGUUUGAUCCAGAUCAGCAUCCAGGAGGAUCCCUGGAACCUCCCGAGUUCCAUCAAGACCCUGGUGGUUAACAGCCAGAGAUAUGUGGAAGAUGGGAAGAACCAUCUGCUCCUGGCCUUGCUGAAAUGCACAGAUGCUGAGGUGCAGCUGCACAGGUAUGCCAUCUUCUGCCAGGCCCUCGUGGCCACCAUGUGCACCUUCUCUGAGCAUGUGCUUGAGGCCCUCAGUUAUGGCUACAAAAACAAUGAAGGAGAAUGGGCCAUGCUGGAGGACAUCUGGGUGACCCUGUCAGAGCUGGACAGUGUCACCUUCUCCUUUAAGCAACUGGACGAAAACUGUGUGGCCAACACCAAUGUCUUCUACCACAUAGAGGGCAGUCAGCAGGCACUGAAGGUGGUCUUCUACUUCAAUGGCUACCACUUCUCCAAGCUGCCCUCCCGCCAGGAGAACAGGGCCAGCCUCCAACCACACACUGUGCUUUUCACUAAAGCUCUGGAGAAUGUGGAAGGGCUUCCUCCUCCAGUCAGACAGGUAGCAGAGGAUUUGCAGCAGGAGAUCAAUGCCCAGUCCCUGGAGAAUGUCCAGCAGUAUUACCACAAGCUCAGGAUGUUUUACCUGGAGCCGUUGAACCUGCCCAUGGAUGCCAGCACCACUGCCAUGAAGAUCGACCAGCUGAUCUGCCCCAUCAAUGCCCUAGAUGAGCUCUGCCACCUCGUGAAGUCCUUCAUGCACUCCAAGCCUGGCACCAGCAGGAGCUUGGGCGCUAGUCUUCUCCCUGUCUCCUCUGAGCUCUGCUACCACCUGGGGGCCUGCCAGAUGGCCAUGUGCAGCACGGGCAUGCAGAAGAGAAUCCUGAGUGUGUCCCUGGAGCAGGUAGCUAUCCUGGCACAGAGCCAUGGGCUGAUGCCCAAGUGAAUGAUGCAGGCCACAGACAUGCAAAAGCAGGACUCCAGAGUGGAGAUUAUGGCCAAAAACUUCUCAGUCAAGGAUCAUAUGCCCCAGGGUGCACCAUGGCUGCUGUCCACCAUCAUGGAGCCCACUCCCAAUGGGGCCUGUUACCCACACCUAGCUGAGGAGGCCUCUUCCUCCCUGAUGGUCAGUGUGGACAGUGAGAUGGACAGGACUGACCACAGGGGCAUCAAGAAAGUGUGCUUCAAGCUGUCUGAGGAAAACCUGGAGGACUCAGGCCAUAACACCAUAAGCUACCAUGGCAAGUACAACAGCAACCGGGACUUGGUCCUGUCCUACACCAGAGUGAGAAGCAACAACUCCUACCUGGGCAGUGACAAGAUGGGGGGGACUGGCCAACUUGCUGCCAGCAUCGCCCAGCAGCCUGUCCCCACCGCAGAUGCUGAGGUGCAGCUGCACAGGUAUGCAAAAUUCUGCCAGACCCUGGUGGCCACCAUGUGCACCUUCUCCGAGCAGCUGCUGGAGGCCCUCAGCUACGGCUACAACAGCAAUGGCAAGUAUGAGGAGAGCAGUCGAUGCCAGCCACUAGUGAAAGAGGAAUGGGUCAUGCUGGAGGACAUCUGGGUGACCCUGUCAGAGCUAGACAGUGUCACCUUCUCCUUUAAGCAACUGGACGAGAACUGUGUGGCCAACACCAAUGUCUUCUACCACAUAGAGGGCAGUCAGCAGGCACUGAAGGUGGUCUUCUACCUCAAUGGCUACCACUUCUCCAAGCUGCCCUCCCGCCAGGAGAACAAGGCCAGCCUCCAACCACACACUGUGCUUUUCACUAAAGCUCUGGAGAAUGUGGAAGGGCUUCCUCCUCCAGUCAGACAGGUAGCAGAGGAUUUGCAGCAGGAGAUCAAUGCCCAGUCCCUGGAGAAUGUCCAGCAGUAUUACCACAAGCUCAGGACUUUUUACCUGGAGCCUUUGAACCUGCCCAUGGAUGCCAGCACCACAGCCAUGAAGAUCGACCGGGAUGAGCUCUGCCACCUCAUGAAGUCCUUCGUGCACUCCAAGCCUGGCACCAGGAGGAGCAUGGGCACUGGCCUCCUCCCUGUCUCCUCUGAGCUCUGCUACCACCUGGGGGCCUGCCAGAUUGCCAUGUGCAGCACCAGCAUGCAGAGGAGCAUCCUGAGUGUGUCCCUGGAGCAGGUAGCUGUCCUGGCACAGAGCAAUGGGCUGCUGCCCAAGUGCAUGAUGCAGGCCACAGACAUGCAAAAGCAG